UGUGCUUAUCUCUAUGUUUGGAUCCAGGUGCAGCAUCGUGUGACGGGUCAGGUGAUGGCUCUGAAGAUGAACAUCCUGGCCAGUAACAGAGCCAACAUGCUGAAAGAGGUCCAGCUCAUGAACCGACUGUCACAUCCAAACAUACUCAGGUUUAUAGGAGUGUGUGUCCAUGAGGGGCAGCUUCACGCUCUCACAGAGUACAUCAACGGCGGGAACCUGGAGCAGCUGUUGGGCAGUGACAUGUAUCUGUCGUGGAGCGUUCGGCUCAGUCUCGCUCUGGACAUCGCCCGAGGUCUGCAGUACCUGCACAGCAAGGGCAUCUUCCACAGGGACCUCACCUCCAAGAACUGCCUGGUGCGCUGGGAGGGCUGCGUGUGCUCGGGCGUGGUGGGAGACUUCGGCCUGGCUGAGAAAAUCCCAGAUUACAGGUCAGUCCGUAACAGUCCAUUCAUCGAACCUUCUAUCAAAACAGUGUGAUAAGAUAAAUCACCCUCAAUAAAUCACAUUCCUGCACUUCUCUUUUAUUUAUCUUCAUGUCGUAUCUGCGUGAGCAAAGUGUCCACAAAUGUCUC